AUGGCCCCUUACGAAGCACAAGUGGCUCUGUUGUAUGCAGCAGGGUGGCAGCUGCAGGUACUUUUGGAGUUGGAGUGCCCUGUGUGGGAUGAGGAAUGGCUCUCCCAUUCCUUACAGGGUGAUGGGUAUGUGGGAUUGAGACAGUGUUUGGUUCCCAUUUGGCAGGUGCACCCUGACCUCGCCAUCUCCUCCAAGGCCAUGAGCAUCAUGAACUCCUUUGUCAAUGACAUGUUUGAGCACCUGGCCUCGGAGGCCUCGCGCCUGGCGCAGUACAGCCACCGUGCCACCAUCAGCAGCUGCGAGGUGCAGGCGGCCGUCAGGCUCCUGCUGCCCGGCCAGCUGGCCCAGCACGCCGUCUCCGAGGGCACCAAGGCCGUCAGCAAGUACACCAGCAGCAAGUGACCACCAGGGAAACCAGCCCAGGGCCAGCUCCUUCUCCUACAGGAGUUGGUCUUAUUCAACGGAAAAAGCCAAACCUCCUGUUGCCUGCCUGCAAAUAAAAAAUGCAUAAAAACGCAGAACGUGUCUUCAAUCUUUGCAUCACAAAUUGUGAGGCAGUUUAAACUCUGGCCAUGGGGAUUGUUUGGUAGGGCUGGAAGAACAGCUGCUGUUUGAAAACCACCACAUGCAACCAGAAGCAGGGACCACAGGGCAUGCCUGGGGAAAGCUGGG